UCAGGGGCAAGAUCUAAAUGUUGUUCAGCCAAAUAGCGGUUACACUGUGCUAAAAUUAAACAGGUGUCUGUCACACUAUCAUGGCUGAGAGGGUCAGUCAGGCUGACCAAGAAGAAGGAGACAGGCUAGUACAAGAUGGAGAGAUAAACACUCCCGGCGAUCAAAAUGGAGACACCACCACUGUUGGGGACAGAGAACCUGAGGAUCAGCGUCCGACCCAACGUGAAGAAGAGUCUGAGUGUCCAGGCUGCCGGUCACUGGGCGUCCUGACAUUGCCCUGUGGCCACAAACUGUGUCCCUCCUGUAUCGAGCUGAGUCAGGGAGAGCUGGGCCCGGCCGGCUGCACGAUCUGCUACCGAUCACAGCUGAUGGACUCCGUCCUCCGUACUUUGCUGGACGCCCUGUUCCGUGACCUGCCCAGGAGACACGGAGUCGCGCCAGGGGCUGCAGAGGAGAGUGUCAGGGGAGCAGAGGAUAAAGGGAACACUCUGGGUGGAUAUAGCGUAGUAGAGAAAGAAGAGCUGUGUGGUCGGCAUGGAGAAACGCUCACUGCGUUUUGUCUGCAAGAGAUGAAGCUGCUCUGUCAGCAGUGUCAGACAGAGGAGCAUGAGGAACACCAGUGCUGCUCUGUUGAGGAGGCCGUUCACCACUGUAAGAGAAAGUUGCGAUCUGCAAUCAGAAGCCACCAGGAGCAACUGGACAGUUUAACCUCCAUCAGACAAACCUGGAAGGAUACUGCUACUCAUAUCGAGAGUCAAUCAGUGCAAACAGCCCAGAUUUUGAGGGACGAGUUUGAGAAGAUGCACCAGUACCUCCGUGAUGAGGAGGCUUCUCUGAUGUCACAGGUGAAACAAGAGGAAGAGGAAAAGAGUCAAAGGAUGAAAGAAAAGAUUGACGGUAUCAACAAUGACAUACAAGUGCUGACUAACAGUAUGAGAGAGACAGAAGACGCCAUGGGCUUCGACAACCUCCUCUUUCUUAAGAAUUAUAAGAACACCUCUGAAAGGGCCCGGUGCAGUGUAGAGGAGCCAGAGGAUGAAUCAGACGCUCUGCUUGAUGUGGCCAAACACCAGGGCUGUGUGCAACACCGUGUCUGGGACAAGAUGCUAAAGAUCAUCCAGUACUUUCCAGUGACCAUGGACCCUAACACAGGCUCGGUGUGUUUAGGUGUGUCUCCUGACCUUUCCAGCGUGUUUGUGUGUGAGGAGCAGCCUCUUCCCGACAAUCCAGAGCGGUUUGUGAGCCCACAGAGCAUCCUGGGCUCAGAGGUCUUCAGCUCAGGGAGGCACAGCUGGGAGGUGGAGGUGGGAGAUAACAGCCACUGGACUCUGGGUGUGGCCAAAGAGACAGUACACAGAAAAGACUGGUCCAACUCUGAUAUAAACCCCAGUCCUGCCUUUGACUCAGACACAGACCGCGGCCUGUGGACUGUGUCCCUCUCCUCUGGGGAGUACUGGGCCUCCCCUGGCCAACGCACCCCACUCAAGCUGAGAAGAAAGCCACGCAGAGUCAAAGUUCAGCUGGACUGGGAGAGAGGGCGUCUGACUUUCUCUGAUGCCAAUGACAACACCCUGAUCUAUCGUUUUAAAAAGCAGUGGAGUGGAAAUCUGAAACCGUACUUUUCCACUACAUGUUCUAACAAUCCACUGAACAUCACUGCAGGGAGGGUGAAUGUUGUCAUAGAAUAGUGUAAAAAGCCAUGUCCGUUGAAUAAAAAAGC